AUGCAGCAGCUGCUGCUGUGUCUGAACCAGAUCCAUACAAGCUCGACAGCAGCAAGUGAGGCUGCUGCUGCUGCUGCUGCUGAUUUGCAUGUUGCUGCUGCUGCAGCAGAAGAGCAGCAGCAACAGCAGCAGCAGCAGCAGCAGAUAAUCAAAGCUUUUGCUGCUGCACUUGGGGUCCCAGAGCUGCAGCUUAUGAGCCUCCCCCCAGCCUCUGCAGCAGCAACAGCAGCAGCAACAGCAGCAGCGGAAACAGCAGCAGCAGCAGCAGCAGCGGAGACAGCAGCAGCAGCAGCAGCAGCAGCAGCAACACAGACAGCAGCAACAGGAGAAGCUUCCGACAGCAGCAGCAGCAACGCAAUGGGUUAG